AUCAAUAAGAGAGGAAGAGAACCCCAGUCAUGGCCAUAGUUGUAAGAGAGAGGCCGAGCCAAAAAGCAGACCUCCUUUCCAUGGCCUCACCAUUGUUGAUCCUCUCUCUCCUCCUCCUCUUCUCUCUCAACACUGCACAGGAGAUGAAGGCAAAGCCCGAGUUCGAGUGUCACACAGCGUUGUUCAGUUUUGGAGACUCGCUCACUGAUACGGGAAACCUCAAAUAUGUGGAACACGACCAAUUCAUCGGCAUAUGGAGCCUCCCUUAUGGAGAGACCUUCUUUCAUAGGCCCACUGGCCGCUGUUCUGAUGGCCGAUUGAUUGUUGAUUUCUUCGCCCAAGGGUUGGGGCUUCCUAUGCUGCAACCUUAUCUCUCUGGCUUUCAUGGCGCCGUUGAGUUCAAAAAGGGGGCAAAUUUCGCAGUGGCAGGAGCAACGGCCCUGACUCCCUCAUUGUUGAGAGAGAAAGGUGUUGAGAAAUUGUCCACCAAUAUCUCCCUUGAGAAUCAGCUCCAGUGGUUCUACCAAUUGCUACCUUCCAUAUGCCAUCCAAAUAAUGAGUGCGAAGAGUACAUGAAGAAGUCAAUGUUUCUGGUAGGAGAGAUCGGAACCAACGAUUAUUACUACGCCUUAAAUCAAGGGAAGACGAUUGACGAGGUUAAGGCUUUUGUGCCCGACAUUGUUACUACAAUAAUGAAAACUGUCGAGGGAUUGAUCCAAAAAGGUGCCAGGACUUUGGUGGUCCCUGGGACCUUUCCAAUGGGGUGUUGGACAUGCCUCUUAACUAUCUUUCCUAGUGAUAACAGCAGCGACUACGAUCCACAAUCCGGAUGUCUGAUCCCCUUAAACAAUUUUGCGAGCUUCCAUAACUCGAAGCUCCAAGAUGGAAUCCAAGCAAUGAGAAAGAAAUUCCCACAAGCGAACAUUAUCUACGCCAAUUACUAUAACGCCUUCUUGCGCUUCUUCGAAUCACCUGAGCUCUAUGGGUUCCCCAAGGACACAGUUCACUCAGCAUGUUGUGGAGUCGGAGGACCAUAUAAUUAUGAUCCUACUCGCACUUGUGGCCAACCUGAGGUGCCCUCAUGUGGAAAUCCAAGCAUGCGUGUGAUUUGGGAUGGAUUACAUCCAACUGAAGCUGCAUCUAAGCAUGUGUUCAGGGCUUUAUCCAGUGGGGAAUUUCUACACCCCAAUAUUCAAUUUUCCCGCCAACCUUGUGCUUGACCCGAAAACUUUUCAUUGGUGGUUGAUUUGGUUUGCCCGAAAAGAAAUAUUUUAAUACCAAUUGGUUUUAGUACAUCCUUUCACAUCAAUUGACAACUUAUUGAUGUAAAAAUAUUCUUAUAUUUGACCGUAUAAGAGAUUUUCUUCAUAUAUACGCGAACCAAACGUGCGUCAUAGAGGAAAUAGGUUUCCCCUGUCAAGUUAAGGGUAUUACCUCAUAGUUCCUGUCUUUUGGUUCCUUUUUUUGGUUUAUUUUUUCCUUAUU